AUGGUUAAACGCAAAGGAGGUAGACGGCAGCAGGCCUUACCGGUCACUGAAGAUGACCUAUCGGAUGGUGUCAGUAGUGAUGUUGAGGGCCUUGACAUGAUUGGUGGCGAUGAUGAACGUAAUGAUUAUUCGGACCUUGAGGGCGAUGAGGAGGUCGAUGUUAUGAGCAUAGCUAGCGGGCACCAUCGUAAGGGCUCGUCUCAGAGGGCUAAGAAGAGGAAGAAGAGUGCGUGCCGGGAGAAGGGCGUGUCGGAGCUCUUUGGUAAGUUUGCACGUCAUGGUGGACUCACGCCUGAGGAACUCGAUAGUCUAUCUGUACGACAAUUGGGGAUACUCCGGUCGAAGGCAGUUGAUGUGUGUGCUGCUAUGGCGGUUCAAGCGAUAACAGUGUCGGCGAUGCGGAGGAGGGAUAGCGGUGAUCCUGGUGUUGCUGUGAGGACCUAUCUCAAUCCAGAGGACUACUCGUGCUUGGGGCGGCCGGGAGAGGACGAUGGUCGAGAUCAGUUUGAUGAUGAGGAGGAGGCUGCUGCGGUGGAGGAGGAGGAGAGCGCUCGGGAGAGGCUGGAGGCUGAAUGGGGGCAUAGGCCGGGGACUAUAAUGGAGGCGGCGCAGGAGCGUGCGAGGCUAAUGAUACGGAAUCUCGCGCUGAGAUUGAGCAGUAACGCAUUGGUGUCAAGGGCUGUGAAUACGUAUUGUAGCAGUAGGGAAUGGGGACAGGAGAUGACCAAGAAUAGCAGUGUUGGGAUGUUGUUCUCAUAUUUACCGGAGCUGCAGGGGCCGACUUUACCGCAGGAUCGAACAGAUGCGAGUUUGGCGGCUCGAGUGGAGCUGGAGCAGGAGGCUGCUAUAGAGGAGAGUAUGUAUUGCCCUAUGGGGCAGGCUUCUAGUGGGUCGAUGCGGGAGGGUAAUGUACGGCGGAGGGAGGCUGAGAUGAGGAGGAGGGAGAGGGAGCGUCUUGAGAAGGAGCAGGAGGCUAGGAAGAUGUUAGAGGAGUGUGCGGCUGCUAGGAGGGAUAGGUGUAGACAAGGGCGAUUAGCUGAAGGUGUGGUAAGGGCUCGAGAGAGGAGGUUGAAAGCAUUGGAGAACGAUUAUAAGGAUCGUUGCCGCGAGAUCAAGAUCACGGCUCGACACCAGAACUGGUUCUUGCGAGAAACGGAGUCGGUGGUGAAGUCGGCAGAGCAGUUGAGGGUGGAGGAGGAGGUUCAGCGAGAAGCGACGAGUGUAGAGAGUAGAGAGGAGCAGCGGCAGCAUAGAGAGGUGGCUAGGGUGGAUAGUCUGAGGGAACUGGUGGCAGUAGAGAAGGCUAGGAGGAUGGAUGCCUUCGUCACUGCCAUGGAAACUGGUGCUAUACCACGCUUACUGAGAUUCCUCCCUUCCGGGGUGAAGCUCGACCAGGCGAUAUCCUGUGAUUUGGACUCUCUCGGAGUUGAGCUUUUCUGCAGUAUCAAUAUGUUCCAGGUAGUGAGUGUCAGGGCGAAGGCGACGGCUGAUGCUGCUGAAGACUUCCGACACAGCUCGCAAGGUGCGGCUCUUGACGUAGCCUUCUGCACUGCGUGGUUUCAGGCAAGGUUGCAGCUACCAGGUGUCACUGCAGAGCACUGGACCGACCACGUAGCGAAGAAGUGCCUCGACUGGGCCAUCAACCCCGAUGCUGCCAGCAUUUGUCUGUGGCAAAAGGAGGACGGCACGUUGAAGGUCUUUAAGCACACUCGGAAAUCCGAGUCCAAAGCGACUGUCGCUGGCCGUUUGCCCAAGGCUAUCCAUUCGGGUCGAGUGAGGGAGUUCGCUGCUUUCUAUAAGCGCACUCCUACUGCGUGUACGAAGGAUAAUAUAGGGGGGCUUAUGCAGGAGGUUGUGAUGUUUACUGUGGUGAGGGGUGAUAUUCUACGCGAUGGUCCGAUGCUGUUAUUCAACUCCAUCUAUGCUCCGAUGACUACUCGUGACUUGGGCUGGCCGGAUAACGUCAGAAGGGAGUUUACGGAGGAGUUUCAACGGUUCAUAGCGGCCAGUGUGGAAGCGGCCAACCUCGCUAAGGGUACGACGGUGCUGUAUGUGCCUGUUGACGACUUGGAGGAUACUGAGGCUGUGAGUAAGGAUAAGGAUCUUGUGCAGCGAUUGGAGAGCUGCCUCAUACACUGGGUAUGCAAGGUGGGUGAUGAGGCCCAUCGUAGAGCUGAUGAUGGGUUGGUAGGUCCGCUGAGCGAAAUAGAAAUGUGGGCGAUGCGCGAUGUGGAUCUGUCUGAGUUGAAUGGCCAGCUGAAGUCAGCGGAGCUACAGCAAGUUCUGAAAGUGUUGGAGGCGGCGAAGAGCCCCUACUUGACGCAGUUCAAGUCGUUGGAGGACAGCAUUAAUCAGGGCAGCAUCGAAGCACGGGAUAACCUCAAGUUCCUGUCUGUCCUGAAGGAGCCAUGUCUGGAGUUGGCUGAAGCUGGCCCGGCGGAGUUGACAGCGCUGUUGCCGAAGAUCCUCAACUGCGUGCGUCUGGUGUGGUCCAUGAGCACCUACUAUAACACGACUGAUCGGAUCAUUGGCCUGCUGAGAAAGGUCAUUUGCGAUUUCGAGUCUAGGGGGAGAGUAUCCAGUUUUCACAGGUUGGUGGUGGGUUGGGUGGCGGCAUGUAUAUGUGUUGUUGAAGGUACCAAGGCCGAGGAUGUCACCAGAAGUUUGAGUGAAAUCGAACUCACAUUCUUACGGCAUGCCGAUCGACUGUGGAUAGCUGAUUAUGAUAUACUUGAUGUAAAGGCGGGGAAGUGGCAUGAGGACUAUGGCACGCUGAAGCAGCAGAUCAAGGAUCUUGAGGUCAUGUACAUUAACGUGAUCAACUCCGCCUUUGAUAACGUAUCAACGGUGGGGGCAGCAUGUGAUUUGCUCAUGAACUUUUACGUCCUGGCGAAGCGAGAGCGAGUGGUGACUUUUGUCCAGAAGAAGUCAUCUAACGUGUAUGGCCUUUUCCUUGGUGAACUGGCUGGCAUCAAGAGGGAGUUUGAGCAGUUUAGAAGAAAACCUCAGUUGCCGGUCGCAGCGGAGCAUCCCCCGUUCGCGGGUCAGGCGAUGUGGGCUAAGGGCAUUGCAUUGAGAAUACAGCGGCAAUGGGAGGUGGGAUGUUGUCUACAGCUUCGCUCCGCUGAGGAAUAUUCUUUCUCUUGCUGGACUAGGUCGGAUGGCGGUCGCAACGUGGCUGCCUCGGCGAGGACCGGUCCACGGGGAUACCAUAUUGAGAAUAACUUCGAUAAGGGCCUCUUGCGGGUGCUUAGGGAAGUCUACUGUUGGGAGAAGAUACAGGGAUCGGGUAUCGUGGUACCGUACUCGGCGCACGACUUGGGGACUCAUAGGGAGCAUAUGAGGGUCGUGCGUGAGCAUGUGAUGCGGGUUGUGAGAGAGUAUAACGAGAUUAUUGAUGCUUUGUCGCCUGUGGAGAGGAGGCUGUUUGCGCAGCACUUGAAGAACUUAGAUAGGAGAGUAGCACCGGGUUUGCAGAAGUAUACUUGGACUUCAGCGGGUAUAAAGGAGUUCUUCGUACGGGACGCAUGUCGAGAGUGCUCGAAGUUGUAUGAAAUAGUGAGGCAGUACAAGGCGAACGACAUGAAGAUCAAAGAGGCAUGCAUGGCUAUUGAGACGAAGCUGUUGAUAAGGAUUGAGAAGGGUAUCUAUCACGCGGCCCAGUUCAAGGAGAUGCAGGCUGGCUACAAGAAUCAUAUCGAGGAAUACCUCACUCAACAUCAUCAGCGCAUUACGGACCUUCUCAUGAGGACAUAUCAGUUCUUUGAGGCGCACCCAGCGGAGAUCCAGAAAGAGUGGCGACGGUAUGUGGACUCGAUUGACGAGCGUAUUCUGGAAGCUCUGAAGCGGUCCAUGAAGAACAGCCUUCGGGAUUUGAGCCAAGCCUUGAAUGGUGAUGGCAAGACUGAAGUGAAGCCGCUAUUUAAGCUCUUCGCCACGCUGGUGGGGCAUCAUAUGGACUUUGAUCCGACUGUAAAUGAGCUGAAGGAGUUGUUGCAGAAUGUGUGCCGGGAUAUGACAACGACUUUGACUGUUAUAGUCAGAUUACCGAGGCACUUCAGGAAGGAGAAGGUGACGGGCUUGCCUAUCCUCUUAACAGUGUCGUCAAAUCUUAUCUUACUCGUGAUGUAUGUGAAGGAGAUCUUGAGGGGCUUCAAUCGGUGUGCCAUUAAGCUUGAGGAUAAAUUGAAGUGGUGGAGUACGACGUACCAACCCAUCGUUAGUGAGGAUAAGGAUACAUUCUUACGCCGAUAUGCAAAGACUGAGAGGCCUCUUAGUGUGGUGGGUGAAGAUAUCCAAAAGUAUAAGCGUUUACAGUUGGAUAUACAGCAAGAAGAAUACAAAGUUAUCAUCGACUUCAUCCACGCCGAUUUCUCUCAACUCAAAAACGAGCUUAUCAAGCAUUGUCAGCAGUGGCGCGAGAAGCUUACGGACCUGCUCCAUGACAGGGCUAAGCAGCAGCUGGACUCUAUACUCGGGUACUUUACUAGCAAUAGUAAGAUUCUACUCUCUACCCCCCGGAAUUUCGAUCAGCUUCGGGAGCGGAUACAUCUACUGGACACUUGCUCGAAUGACAUUGGAAACAUGGACGACAGGAUCAAACCUGUUGAAGAUAUGUACCAAGCGUUAGCCGACUUUGAUGUCGCGACGAGUGAUGUUGAAACAGCUCGUAAAAUGUCGAUGAGGCCACGCCUUGAGAACUUUAAGGACAAUCUGGUCGAGGCAGGGGAGAUACUGUCCAAGAGCAAGAAGGUGAUGAAGGUGAAGCUGGAAAAUGAGCUGCAGGCCUUUUCCACGUCGGUCAAGGGACUCUUUGAAGACUUCAAUAAACGGGCUCCGUUCUCUUCGGAUGAUAUCAGCGUCUCGGAGGCAAGGGGCCUUUUGGAGGAGUUCACGAAGGAGCUUGAGCGCAAGCGGAAGCAGGAAGUUGACUUCCGACCUAAUCUCGAGUUAUUCAAAAUGGAUGCGGCGUCUUACAAGGAAAUAGAGAAGGUUGGUGAAAAGUUGGAGUCUUUGAGGACUAUAUGGGGGUAUCGUGCUGACUGGGACGAACAGCUGGAGGAGAUCACGAGGGUUCAAUUUCGAGACCUUGACUGGAGAACUUGGACACGAUGGCUGCUGGCUAUCAGAAGAAAGUUGGAUGCGAUGCGACCUCGGCAUUGGAAGGCUAUAAUGGAGGAAAUAGGUUGCGAGUUCGAUCCCCACGCUGGGGAUUUUACUCUGGGGAAGGUCUUCGAGCUUGAGUUACCCAAGCAUUCGGAGCUUAUCGCUAGGCUGGCGGACGAGGCGAGGAAGCAGUAUGAGAUAGAGUCAGGUCUGGAGAUGAUCGAAGGAGUGUGGGCGACUAUGGAGAUCGAGAUGAUGGACUACAAGCAGCAUUACGUGAAGAUCAGGAGUACCGAGGAGCUGUUCCAAGCCUUGGAGGAGCAUAUUCUGAAACUAUCUGAUAUGAAGAGCUCACAGUUCUAUCUACCCUUCGCCGAGAAGGUUGACAAGUGGGAGAAGAUGCUUGCCAGUGUGAGCGAAGUAGUGGAAAACAUCCUUGCGGUACAACGUGCUUGGAUGUAUCUCGAGAAUAUCUUCGUGGGGAGCGACGAUAUAAGACCGCAUCUGCCAACGGAGAGCGCUUGGUUCGAUGAUGUGAAUGAUGGAUUCCCGAAGAUGUUGAGAAGCAUUUAUGAUCAUCCGAAUGCGGUCGAGUCGUGUGCGGGGGAUAACUGCGGGGAGAUGCUGGAGAGUCUGAGUUCUUAUAUGGAGAAGCUGGAGAGGAUUCAAAAGGCUUUGGAUGACUAUCUCGAAAGGAAGAGGAUGCUGUUCCCGAGGUUCUACUUCUUGUCCAAUGAUGAUCUGCUGGAGAUACUGGGCCAAGCUAAGGAGCCAGAGUUGGUUCAGAAGCAUAUCAAGAAGUGCUUUGAAGGUAUUAAGGUACUCGAUUUGGUGAAGACUCAGCGAGAGGAAAGAACGGUUUGUGAGGCGGUGGGGAUGAUAUCUCCGGAUGGGGAGAAAGUGCCUUUCUCCAAGCCUGUGAUACUGGACCCUCCAGUAGAGGGAUGGUUAGUGCAGGUGGAGAGGAGAAUGAGGAGUACGUUGAGGAAGCUGUUGAGGUCGUGUGAGGAGGCGAAUAGAUCGAAGGGGAUGAAGAAGGACAAGUGGGUGCUCAAGUAUCCCGGGCAGUUGCUCAUCACGGCUGGGCAAAUAUCUUGGACGACGGCUUGCCAGAAUGCGCUGGCCAAGGUAGCUGAGGGUAACAAGAAGGCGAUGAGGAUGUGCAGGAGGCGGCAGACGAGGACCAUAGCGAAGUUGACAGAUAUGAUAAGGAAACCGUUGGGUAAGGUGGACAGGAACAAGGUGGUGGCUCUGAUCACCAUCGAGGUCCACGCUCGGGAUGUCCAGGAGAGGCUCAUAGUGCUGAAAUGCGAGUCUCCGCAGCACUUCGACUGGUUGUCUCAGCUGAGAUUCGAGCUGAUAGAGCCUAUGGUUGGUGGGGAAGAUGCGGUUAUGGCUACGGGGAUGGAAGAUCUGACUGGCCAGGAAAAGAAGACGGGUUCGACCCUAUCAUGUGUCGUUUUGCAGACUAACACGAUGAACCCAUAUGGGUACGAGUAUCAGGGGAACAACGGCCGGCUUGUGAUCACGCCUAUGACUGACCGUUGCUAUAUGACGCUGACGACAGCGAUGCACCUGAAGAGGGGCGGAGCUCCUCAGGGUCCGGCCGGGACGGGUAAAACAGAGUCGGUGAAGGACUUGGGUAAGGGUAUGGCGAAGUACGUUAUAGUCUUCAACUGCAGUGAUGGGCUUGACUACAAGUCUCUGGGAAGAAUGUUCAGCGGGCUGGCCCAGGCAGGGGCUUGGGGGUGUUUUGAUGAGUUCAAUCGUAUCGAAGUGGAGGUUUUAUCGGUGGUAGCAGCACAGAUCCUCUGCAUUCAGACCGCACUUCGUGAGGAGAGAGAGACCUUCAUGUUCGAGGAGAACGUCAUUCGACUGGAUAAGAGUUGCGCUGUCUUCAUCACGAUGAAUCCAGGAUACGCGGGUCGUAGUGAACUGCCGGACAACCUGAAGAGUCUAUUCAGACCUGUGGCGAUGAUGGUACCGGACUUGGCGAUGAUAGCUGAGAUUAUGCUGGUGUCCGAAGGGUUUAUGGACUUCAAACCGCUGGCUAAGAAGAUGGUCACGCUGUACACAAUGAUGGUGCAGCAGAUGAGCAAACAGGAUCACUAUGACUUCGGCUUGAGGAGCAUCAAGAGUGUCCUCAACUGUGCAGGGGCUCUGAAGCGUAAUGAGCCGGAGAUGGACGAGGCCGCCAUCCUCAUGAGAGCUAUCAAUGAUAUGAACGCUCCCAAAUGGGUUUCCCAGGAUAAGCCUCUGUACGCUGCGCUGUUGGGGGAUCUUUUCCCUGGCCUGGAGCUUCCCGAUCCGGAUUAUGGUGAUCUAGAGAAAUGCAUAAAGGAGGUCUUAUUAGAUUACAAGUUGCAACCAACGGACCAUGCGGUUCACAAGGUAAUACACACGUACGAGACGAAGAUAACGCGGCACGGCAAUAUGUUGGUGGGAGCGAGCCUAGGGGGGAAGAGCACGGCCUGGAAGGUGUUGGCCGAGACGAAGACGAGGCUGUGUAAACGUAAUGUCGCUGGGUAUGACAAAGUCUUGUAUUACGUAUUGAAUCCAAAGUCAAUAACAAUGGACGAGUUGUACGGCGCCUACGACCUUACCACCAUGGAGUGGACCGAUGGGGUCUUCUCGACGUUGAUGCGACAAGCUUGUCAGGAUGAGAAGUCGGAUGACAAAUGGAUAGUCCUGGACGGUCCUGUGGAUACGUUGUGGAUUGAGAGUAUGAAUACUGUGCUAGAUGAUAACAAGGUCCUCACGCUGAUCAAUGGUGAUCGUAUAUCGAUGCCGCCACAAGUGUCAUUGCUUUUCGAGGUGGAGGAUCUCAGCGUAGCUUCACCAGCAACGGUCAGCCGUGCAGGCAUGGUCUAUUUUGACGUGCACGACUUGGGUUGGAGGCCAUACUCUGCUUCGUGGAUGGAAAAGUUGGGCUCGACCAGGCCAGCUCAGUUCCCUGCAGAACGGCUGGCUGAGGUGGGCGAUCUGUUCCAGAAGUGGGUACCGACGAUUCUGCAAGCGAAGAAGGGGCUGUUGGAGCUGGUGCCAAUCAGCGAGAUCAAUGGGGUCAUGAGUCUCUGCCGCCUGUUUGAAUGUUUUGGGAUGAACUUGAAAUACGACAGUAUGGGGGACAAGGCGAGCGAUGUUCUGGAGAAGGUAUUUGUUUUCUGCCUUGUUUGGUCCCUGGGAGGCUCUUUGACGGAGAAGAGUCGAACGGAGAUGGACGCGUCGUUGCGACAGAUCGAUAAUAGCAUCUUCCCGCAUGGGCAUUCGGUCUACGACUAUGCACUAUGGAAUGUGGAGAAGACGGCUGAGUUUGACCUUUGGAGAGAUCGUCUUCCGGAUCCUUUCAAGCCUGGGGAUCUGCCUUUCCACAAGAUUAUAGUCCCCACUGCGGAUACACUACGUCACGGUGAUAUCAUCUCGAGUCUAGUAGUCCAUCAUCAUCAUGUCCUGCUUGUUGGGCACACUGGUACGGGUAAGACAGUGGCGGCCCAGCAGGUGCUUAGUGGCUGCAAUGAAGACAAAUCCAAAUGGUGCAGUCUGGUCAUCAACCUCAGUGCACAGACCAGCAGCGCUAUGGUCCAGGACAUAAUAGAGGGCCGGGUAGAGAAGAGAAUUAAAAAUAAGUUUGGGCCGCCCAUGAACAGGAGGAUGGUCAUACUUGUCGACGACUUGAAUAUGCCGAGGAAAGAUCUAUUUGGGAGUCAGCCGCCUUUGGAGCUGCUGCGUCAAUGGACGGACUACGAGUGCUGGUACGAUCGGAAGAAGCAGACCUUGCGGUAUAUACAGGACAUCCAGUUGCUGGGUGCCAUGGGGCCACCUGGAGGCGGCAGGGCUGUUAUAUCGAGGCGGCUACAGAGUCGAUUCAAUCUACUCUGCGUGGUGAAUCCUAAUGACGCACAAGUGAAGUUGGUGUUCCAAACUCUGUGCUCGCACAAGUUGGAAGCGGGCUUCCGUGAUGACCUGAAGAGCAUGUCGGACUCCAUCACUGCUGCUACUACGACGCUGUAUACAGUCAUCCAGGAAAAGUUCCUCCCAACGCCGAGUAAGUGUCAUUACCUCUUCAACCUUCGAGACGUGAGCAAAGUCUUCCAAGGAAUUUACUUGGCGAAACCGGCGUGCUUUGACGAGAAGGAUAAGUUUCUGCGGCUUUGGCUACACGAGUGUUGCCGAGUCUUCAUGGACCGUCUCAUUAGCGAGGAGGAUAGAACUAACUUCAUCUCAGUGAUCGACACUGUGAUGGAUGAGACUAUGCAGGUCCGCGUUAAAGAGAUCAUCGAGCGCAAUGAGCAUGUAUACGACAUUGUUUUUGGUGGAGUUGAUCUGAAGACUCACGACGCGGAGGACCCCCCAUACGACCAAAUGGUGGACAAGAAAGGGUUGAAGUUGUUCAUGGAAGCUAAACUGGAGAACUACAACGACGAGAUGAAAGGCAGAGCGAUGGACAUAGUGCUGUUCAAGGAUGCAAUCGAGCACUGCCUCAAGAUUCUUAGGAUAAUACGCAUGCCUCGAGGCAAUGCCUUGCUAGUGGGGGUUGGUGGCAGUGGUCGUCACUGCCAGACGCGUCUGGCAUCAUAUAUCGCCGAGUAUAAGUGCUCCCAGAUAGAGAUCAACAAGAACUAUAAUCAUCAGAAAUUCCGCGAAGACAUCAAGGCCAUCUAUGAGACGGCAGGGGUGAAAGCACAGAACGUGACGUUCCUCUUCAGCGACACUGAGAUCUGCGAUGAAAGCUUUUUGGAGGAUGUAUCUAAUAUACUCUCCAGUGGGGAGGUGCCCAACCUAUAUGCAGCCGACGAGCUCAACCAAGUCCGUACUGCCCUGGAGAAACCAGCGAAGGAAGCAGGGAUCGCCUUUGGUCCCGAGGCGAUCUAUGACUUCUUCCUAUCGAGAAUUCGAGAGAACCUCCAUGUGGUAUUCUGUGCGAGUCCAAUAGGAGAUAGCUUCAGGAAUUACUGCCGCAUGUAUCCGUCUCUGGUCAAUUGCUCAACCAUUGAUUGGUUCCUGCCGUGGCCCAAUGAGGCCCUCACGGAGGUUGCCAUGAAGUUCCUCACUGGAGCUCCAGGGCUGCCGCCUGCACACGUGGCCAACGUUGCAUCAGUGUUCGGGACAGCCCACACUGCAGUGGUGGAAUUUAGUGACAUAAUGUUGGAAACGCAGAAGAGGCACAAUUACGUGACCCCCACCAACUACCUCGAGCUGGUUCAAGGCUACGUGACUGCUUUGAGGGAAAAAGGUGAAGCGAUUGGAGGAUCAGCAGACAAACUCCGCAAUGGUUUGUCGAAGCUGAUGGAAGCCCGAACUCAAGUCGAGGAGAUGAGCAUCGUACUGGAGAAGAAUCAGGAAAUCGUGUCGAAGAAGCAGAAGGAGUGUCAAGAGCUCAUGGUUGUUAUUGUCGAGAAGAGGGCAAAUGCAGCGGAGCAGGAGAAGGUCGUCAGAGCCGAUGAGGUCCGGAUCCAGGCCGAGACCAAAGAGACAGAGGUCCUCGCGGCUGAUGCUCAAGCUGACCUAGACAAGGCCAUGCCGGCGUUACAGGCAUCUGAGGACGCAUUGAAUAAGCUCGAUAAGAAGGCUAUUGCGGAAGUGAAGGUGUAUGCCAAACCCCCGGAGUUGGUGAUGAAGACUAUGUGUGCUGUGAUGACUGUGAUGGAGAAGGCCCCAACCUGGGCCCAGGCUAAGCUUGAGCUCAAUGACGUCAGUUUCCUCCACAAAAUCAAGACCUUCGAUAAGGAUAACAUCUCAAAUGCGACCGUGAAGAAGAUCGAGAAGUUUACGAAGGAUCCAGCGUUCACUCCAACUGCUGUAGGGAAGGUUAGCGUAGCUGCUGGAGCCCUCUGCCAAUGGGUACAUGCUAUGAAGGUAUAUGCAGAGGUGUUCCGAGAGGUGGAGCCGAAGCGGCUGAAGCUGCAUCGUGCAGCUGAGACACUCCAAUCUAAGCAGAGGCAGCUCGCUGAGGCUAUGGAGAAACUGCGGAUUGUCCAGGAGACUCUGGCUGGCCUCAAGAAUCAAUUCGACGAGAGUAAUGAUGCCAAGGAGACUCUAACGAAGCAGGCGGAAGAUCUGAAGUCGAAACUGGACCGAGCUGAGAAGCUCGUGUCUGGUUUGGCUGGUGAGAAGGAUCGAUGGGAAGUCAGUCUCGAGGACUAUGAUCAGCGAAUCGGUCAUCUCGUCGGAGAUUGUUUGGUUGCCGCUGCUUUCCAGAGCUACGCCGGGCCCUUCGGAUCGGCUAUGAGGGACGACUUGGUCCAGGAUAAGUGGAUGCCGAUGGUCCAGGAGUUGGCGAUACCCUUUUCGGACGAUUUCGACUUCCAAGACUUCAUGGCUGACCCGGCGGAAGUGAGAACAUGGAACCUGCAGGGGCUACCGACUGAUCGAUUUUCGACGGAGAAUGGAGUGUUGGUGACGAAGUCCCGACGGUGGCCUUUGAUGGUGGACCCGCAGAACCAAGCGAACCGAUGGAUCCGAGACAUGGAGAGCCAGAAUGACCUGAAGAUAUUCGAUCCGAAUACAGCGAACUUUAUGCGAACCAUAGAGCGAGCGAUUGAGUAUGGGAAGCCCUGCUUGAUGGAGAACGUGGGUGAGGAUCUGGACCCAUCGCUCGAGCCGGUCCUGGCCAAAAACAUCAUCAACACUGGAGGAAGUCUGAGCAUCCAAAUCGGCGAAUCCACGCUGUUCUAUAAUGCGGACUUCAAGUUCUACCUGACUACAAAGCUGGGGAAUCCUCAUUACACUCCGGAGGUCUCUACAAAGACUACUAUAGUCAACUUCGUUGUUGUUGAGGAGGGGCUGUCGAGCCAGUUGCUCGGUGUCGUUGUGAAGAAGGAAGAGCCGCAGUUGGAGCAGCAGAAAGGAGACCUGGUCGUUCGGGUUUCAAAGGGCAAGAAUCGUCUGGUUGAGCUAGAGAAUGAGAUCCUCCGCUUGUUGUCUGAGAGCAAGGGUUCACUACUUGAUGAUCUCAAUCUGGUGAAUACUCUUAACGAGUCGAAGACCAUCAGCGAGGCUGUCACUGAGCAGGCAAGCGAUGCUGAGAAAACCAUGAUGCAAAUUGACAGCGCUCGAGAGAACUACAAGUCAUGUGGCGAUCGUGCUGCAACGCUGUUCUUCGUCCUCAAUGACUUGGUCACGGUGGACCCCAUGUACCAGUUUGCCUUGGAGCCCUACAUCAAGCUCUUCCAAACGAGUAUUGACAAAUCUUCGGAGCAGCAUCCGAUGACGUGUGGAGUGGACGAGCGUGUCGAGGUUCUCAAUAAUUACCAUACGUUGGCAGUCUACCGGUUCGCCUCUCGAGCGCUAUUCGAGAGGCACAAGCUUCUCCUGUCAUUGCAAAUAACGACUCGCAUUCUGGCCAGCAAGGAUGAACUUUCUGCUAACGAGUUCAGCUUCUUCCUUCGAGGUGGCCAGACGUUGGACAGGUCAACUCAGGCUGCUAACCCAUCACCGGAUUGGAUCAGUCCGGUGUGCUGGGAUAACAUCACAUCUCUGGCAGUAGCCUCUCCAGACGCGUUCACGGGCUUCCAGGCAUCACUCGAGCAAGGGCUGCGGGAGUGGAAACGCUGGUAUAUGGCCUCCGAGCCGGAGAAUGAGCCUCUCCCUGGCGAGUGGGAGUCUAGACUAGAUCCUUUGCAGAAGCUCGUGCUGGUACGUGCUAUGCGGACUGAUAGAGUCCUCCCUGCAGUUGGGAAGUUUGUGACGGCCAAAAUGGGUUCGAGAUUCGUGGAGCCGCCCAACUUCGACCUCGAAGCGAUCUAUGAUGAAAGUGAUGCCCGGAUGCCGCUGGUGUUCGUUCUGAGCCCUGGCAUGGACCCGACACCCCUUCUCCGCGGUCUGGCGGUCAGCAGAGACACUGAAUGGAAGACGAUAUCACUUGGACAGGGGCAAGCCCCCAAAGCUGAGGCCAUGCUCCGGCAUGGGGUGGAAGCGGGCUUCUGGGUCUUCCUUGCGAACUGCCAUUUGUCCGUCUCGUGGCUGCCAGCGUUAGAGAAGCUCGUGGUGCAUGAACUCGAGGAGAAGACGCCACAUGAUAUGUUCAGGCUGUGGUUGUCGUCCGACCCGACGCCCAAGUUCCCCAUCGCACUCCUGCAGAUGUGUAUGAAGAUGACAACUGAGCCUCCUAGGGGGUUGAAGGCCAACAUGGCGAGGCUACUGAUCAACCUGACUGAAGACCAGUUCACGCGUUGCACGCAAGCUAACGAGUAUCGCAAGCUGCUAUUCUCUCUGGUGUGGUUUCAUGCGAUUCUACUGGAGCGGAAGAAAUUCAAAAAUUUGGGUUGGAAUGUUCCUUAUGAUUUCAAUGAUUCCGACUUUGAUAUUUGCGAGAACAUUCUGGCCAUGUAUUUGGAUGAGUACCCGAAUGAGAUACCUUGGGCGGCGAUACGCUACCUUAUCGCUGACGCCAAUUACGGGGGGCGAGUGACUGAGUACCCUGACAAUAAACUAUUACGGGCAUACGUCGAUGAGUUCUUCUGUCCUGAGGCUAUCACUUCUGCUAGCUUCUCUCUGUCGCCUUUGCCUACCUAUUACAUACCAGAAGAGACCACCCUCAACGGAUACCGUAUGUACGUGAGGGAGUUGCCCUUCAACGAGCCGCCAGAAGCAUUCGGCCAGCAUGUCAAUGCCGAGAUCAGCUCUGCUCUAGCAGAUGCAGAAACGGUAGGAUCUCGAGGUCUGUUUCAGAGUCACCCUCAUUGCUGCCGCUGCGAUGCGGGGAGUAGCGGCACGAAGGACGAUGUGGUCAUGAAAGUGUGUGAUAAUCUGCUGGAGAAACUCCCGGAGGACAUCGACUUUGACGAUAUAGCAAGCCGCAAUGAAGGGGACAGUAGCCCUUUGAAGAUAGUCCUCCUUCAAGAGAUAGAGAGAUAUAAUCUCCUGUUGCGGAAGGUUCGCGUGUCAAUCCACGAAUUGAAGAAAGGCAUCGCGGGCUUUGUCGUGAUAUCGGAGGAACAAGAAUCUGUGAUGCAGUCGCUCUCUGAGGGGAAAGUCCCGAAUGCCUGGCACAGCGCGUAUCCGUCACUGAAGCCACUCAGCGCUUGGACCGUUGAUUUGAUUUCUCGUGUCAGUCAACUGUCACAAUGGGGUCUCCAGGAGACGCCUAAAGUCUUCUGGCUUGGUGGUCUUACUUAUCCCACCGGCUUCCUGACGGCCGUAUUACAGCUCUCGGCUAGAAAGAAUAUGGUCAGCGUCGAUACGUUCUCCUUUGACUUCGUAGUCUUGCAGGUCCAUGACGACGUGACGAUAACGGCGGCCCCCAAGGAGGGUGCUUAUGUGUCGAAGAUGAUUCUGGAAGGAGCCUCAUGGGACGUACAGCACAGCCAUUUGGCUGAGCCAGAGCCAAUGCAGUUGUUCUCGCCAAUCCCCAUCGUACACUUCAAACCAGUAGCGAAGAAGAAGACGUCUGAGCACGGCGUUACCCACACAUACUCGUGUCCCCUAUACCUGUAUCCCAUCAGAACAGGGACUAGGGAGAGGCCUAGCUUUAUGAUUUGGGUAGACCUCGAAGCUGGUGAGCAUGAUGCAGCUUUUUGGACGAAGAGGGGCACAGCCCUUCUACUAUCCAUUGCCUGA